AGCAGCGUUGACGGUAUAUAAGCAUCAAAGUUUGUAUCGUAGCCACACAAGUCUGCUGUCUCUAUCACUGCCAUCAACCAUGAGGAUUCUGGUCGUUCUUCUGUUGGCUGCCAUGGUGGCGGCAGAGCAGAAACGUGAAGCUGAACCUUCCCAUGGUUACUCAGGCUACCAUGGCCGCACUCAUGGCUACCAAGACCACACUCACGGCUACCGUGGCAACACUCACGGUUACUAUGGCCCUCACGGGCAUAGCUAUGGCCAACAUCGUCAUGGUGUGGCCCGCCACUAUGGUGGUGGCACCAGCUACGUGGGACCGACUUUGCAUGGUGUUGGUAAAAGGGAAGCUGACCCCGGCAACAACCUCUACGUGCCCCGCCAACGCUCUAACUACAGGGUCCACAGUCUCCCAGUACACCAUCACCUACGCACUCGUCCCGUAUACCCGUCUAAUAGAGGCCGCAACUAUUACAAUCCCUACCAUUACGUAUAGACACCCCCACACCCACUACUGUUUGGUGGUACCCGCGCCUGUUGGACACGCUUACUGAUGUGACAAAACUACUGUUUGUAUAUUGUACGUUAAGAGCACUGCGAUAGUAUAGUAAUAAAAUCAUUUCACAUGUG